AUGUUCUCCUGCGUCCCAUCCUCUAUCGACCCUUCGAGUCAAGUCACGUUUGCAUCAAGGAGUCCAUUUCUAUCUGAACUGCUCGCUAUUCCUGUCAAUUGGGAUCUCAUCGACCACGUUGUAGAGGCAGUCCGUUAUACAACCUUGAAUCCCACUCGACGCCUGAAGAAUGCUCUGUUUAUCAACUUUGUCAAGCUCGUCGUCGUCAAGACGAGAAUUGACACUGCAAAUAUUCUAGUCGCUUUAACCAUCAUCGACAAAGUAUGCCAGAACAUCGGCGAUAUGAGGCGGGACUGGGAAUGCGAGGAGCUCUUCAUUGCAUCUCUCAUCCUCGCGCACAAGGCGACAUCCGCAAGCGUCUUCUUUGACCUGCAAGACAUCAAUCGACUCGAACGGGAGUUGUUAGACGUCAUCAAGUUCGAUCUGUGCAUCACCGAAGAGGCGAUACUCCGACAUUUUCUUAGCUUACGACAAUACUGCAUCGAAGAGCCCAGUAGUCGCUACAAACGGUCGGGUGCAGGGUCUUCUCGCACUUCCCUGCGCGACACCGGGAUGUCACAGCGCCAUGUCAUUCCCUUCACAGGUGUAGAAUCACCAUCGCCCGUCAACUUAGUCAUCCCCAUACGGCGAUCUACGUGCUCCUUCCCAAGCUGUCGCGGAAAUUGUUCACCCAGCUUGUGGGCGGAUUCACCGGCACUCAUCACUCCUGUGAAUAUAAUGCCGAUGCCAGCGGACUCAGAUUCGCGGUACCUUCAGGGAAUGACUCUGUCACGUACAUCCAUCCAGGAUCGCGUCCAGCAUGCCUCCCAAUACAUUCCUGCAUGGGUGGACAAAUGUUCGUCACGGCAGCUCGGUCCGCCGACAGAGCUGUUUCCCGCAGAAAUGGAGCCUCACCGAUGGCAGCCGCCUUACGGUAAAUGGGAUUCAGCGAUGGUAUAG